CCUGUGGCUGCUGAGAAGAUGUCGCGAUGAUGAGUCGAAUUGGCUACAUUAUUCAUGACCAAUUGAGUGGAUCUGGGUUGUGGGAUAGUUGUGACUUACAUGGCAGAAGAGGCGAACUGGCAGAAGUAUAAAUAUUCAUCUUCCCGUCUAUGAUUUUAAGCUUCCUCUUGGUAAACUAUAACCAAAACCCAUAGCUUUUCUCUGACUCUGUCAUUCUCAUCUCCCAUUAUCCUCUAAUCACCACGCACAACAACCUCACAAUGGCCAGCAAAGUCUUCAACGUCGGCGUCGUCGGCUACGGUCUCUCCGCCAAGGUCUUCCACAUCCCCUUCAUCAUCACAACCCCAAGCCUCAAGCUGCACUCCAUCGUCCAGCGCUCGCCCAAGGCCAACGACUCCGCGCCCGCCGACUAUCCCGCCCUCAAGCACUACACCAGCUCCGACGCCCUCAUCGCCGACCCGGACGUCGACGUCAUCGUCGUCACGACGCCGCCCAACAACCACUUCGACCUCACCAAGAAGGCGCUCGAGGCCGGCAAGCACGUGCUGACGGAGAAGCCCUUUGUGCCCACGUCCGCUGAGGCCCAGCAGCUCGCCGACAUCGCCGCGCAGACGGGCAAGCUCAUCUGCGUGUACCAGAACCGCCGGUGGGACGCCGACUUCCUGCUGGCCAAGCACCUGAUCGAGCAGGGCAAGCUGGGCCGCGUCGUCGAGUUCAACACCCACUUCGACCGCUACCGCGCCGACGCGCCCACCAACUGGAAGGGCCAGCUGGGCGUCUCCGGCGGCGGCAGCGCGCUCUUCGACCUCGGCACCCACCUGAUCGACCAGGCCUACGUGCUGUUCGGCCUCCCCCGCUCCGUGCGCGGCCGCCUGCUCAACCAGCGCGAGGGCCGCGCCGAGUUCGAGACGCCCGACGCCGUCUCCGCGCAGCUCUUCUACGACAACGGCCUGCUGGUCAACGUCAACAUCAGCGCCCUCAGCGCAGAGGUCAGCCAGCUGCGCUACUGGAUCCGCGGCACAAAGGGCAGCUUCCGCAAGUUCCACCUCGACCCCCAGGAGGACCAGCUGCGCGCCGGCGGAAAGCCCACCGAUGCCGGCUACGGCGUCGAGAGCACCGCCAACAGCACCCUGACCGCCGUGGACGAGGCCACCGGCAAGGCCAGCGAGGUGCCUGUCCCUGAGCUCGAGCCCGAGACCUACCGCGCCUUCUACAGCCAGUUCGCCAACGCGCUGGUCAGCGGAAAGGCGGAGGACAUCCCCGUCAAGGCUGAGCAGGCCCGCGAUGUGCUGAGAAUCAUCGAGGGUGUGUUGGAGAGUGCCAAGACUGGCAAGGAUGCUGUUUUUGCAUAAGCGGCGAAUCGAAGAAAAUGAGAGAGGGGGGGAGAGCAUGUGAAUGUAUAUGUGUGUGGAUGAUGUUACGAUUUGGAUAUUUUAUGGAUAUAUAUAUACCAGCUUUUUACAUAGGAGCAGUAAAAAUAGGAGUUAAUUGAAUUCAAUGGCGAAC